UAAACGAGGGUAGUGUGAAGCGAGGUUGGUUGCUGCCAUCUUGUUCUCCAGGCUGAAAACAGUUAGGCCGAAACCGAAGAUGAAGAAGAAAGAUUCAGCGGAGCCUGAGACUAAAAGACGCAGGAAAUCUACAAGAUCAGAGCAAGCUGAUAAAGAUUCAACUGCAAGUGAUGGCAAUGUAUCUGUCUCGAAACCAAGAUCUGGAGAGGGAAGUUCGCCGUCUCAGGCAAGGAAGACUGCAAAAACAACGACCUUGAAAGCUGAGAUAAGCACUGGUGUGAGGGGAAUAUCUGUGAUGGAACUGGAAUCAAAAGAAGCUGAUGGAAGAGAUUUGUUAGAAGAUGUUGAGUCGUAUAAAAGGACCUGUAUCCAGAUAGAGAAAUUAGUUUCUGAGAUAGAGCAGCUGAAAGCAGAAGGAGAGAAAUGUGAUCAGAGCAGCAAAAUCAUGGAAAGAAGAAUAAAAGCGACAUUGUUGACAACAAGUUUGAAAAAGCUUAACAGACUCUCUCUUAUUAGAAGCAAGAAUGCAAAAGAAAAAACACAAGAGAUGAAGCAAAAGGUCGAUGCACUCCAUCUAGAUUUGCAGAAUCUGUUCUAUGAAAUAAUGCAUAUGAAGAAGGAGAUCAAGAAGUGCACCGACUUCACCUCAAAGGAUGAAGAAAUAAAUUUAGUCGACGUAGAACAAUUCUACAAGGAAGCUCCGCCAGAAAUCGCAAAGCCUGAAGUCACGAAAUCUGAUAGUCACCAACUGAUGCUUGCCAGACUUGAGUGGGAACUUGACCAAAGAAAAAAGUUAGCGUCAAUGAAAGAUCAGUUAUUGAAAGAAAAAGCUGAUAUUGAAAAGGAUAUAUCAAAUCAGGUGGACAUGUUAACAAGCUUGAAACCGUCACUAAAUGGAAUCCUGAAGUCGACCUUGCCUCUUCAAGAAAAGCUUAAUUUAAACAUCGACUCAAGAAGAGUGCAGUAUGAAAUUGCAUCUUACCUUCCCAAGCCACUGUACGUGCUGUUUGUUCAAGUCAAUGCUUUUUGUGAUACAGCUGAUCAAGGAAAAUUGUCAGUCACUAUCGAAGGAGAUGACCAAGCUGCAAAAGCAUUGUUUGAAAGUGGAAGCGUCGCUCAAGAAGAGGAUGAGGAAUCAGACAUCGAUGAUAACAAUGAAACAGGUGACAAAGAAGAAAACAAACGGAGGAAACACAGAAACGAAAAGGAAAAGGCAAGACUAGAAGAGAAGAGAAGAAGCAUUUUGAGGAAACACCCGCUUGAAAUCGAUUUAGGAAUUGCAUGUCAAGAUGCUGUUCAAGUCAGUCUAAGAUUUUCAUACCUGACAGAGCUGCGAAUAAUUACAGUAUCUACAACAAUAGAGAUCCCCAAGGAAACUUCAUCUUCAGUACCCAUCCAAUCUACAAGUUCAUUGCUGUCAGCGGAUACCAUCCUUAGAAAUCUUUUUGAGGACAAAGAUGACGGCGAGGACAGUCCCAACCCGUGCAACCAAUAUCAGUUAGAGAAACUGGGGUUGCAAAGUUUUUCUAAUUAUAUCGCGGAUAUUGGUCGACCUUAUCACUGGGUCCAGAGGCUUGCAGGCUUGAACUAUUUACCAAAAAGCCCCCAAGAGAGUUCUAAGAAUAAUGACGUCAUUCACUCCCAUAAUAUCGAAUCAAUCGUAACAGCAAUCAAGUCAAGAAUUGCAGGUCGACUGUCACUCCAAAGCCAACUAAGUGAUUUAGAAAAACUUAUUGUUCCUGAGGGCAAGUGCAUGGGACGGUUAUUUCCUCAGUCGACAAAAACAAAGUUGGUUCAGUGGAAAUGCAUCACAUAUUCUGAUGUUUUGGAGCUACAUUUUGUUGAAGAUCUUAUCACAGCUGACAUGAUCAACGAAAACGAUAUAUUCUACUAUGCAGUUUUUAGAAGAGAACAAGAAGAAGUAAAGGUCAUUAUCUCCAUUGGUGUAAAUUAUCCAAGUCAGCCGCCUCUUUUUGCGUUGUCUUUUGAUCAGAAGCGAGGCAAGCCAACCAACAACAUAGCUAAGGAGAUUGAGCGGGAACUAAAUCUAAAUUUCUUGGAUUUGACAAACAUCGAUCAUCCGAAUCUGUUAUUGACGAACCAAAUACAUAAACUUGCGGUAUGUUUUGAUGUGUUUUACGAAACAGAGCAACCAGGCUUGUCCCAAGAUCGUCUUUACAUGCGAAAACAAAGGGGUAGAGACCGCUCGAGGCCCUUUGUCUACGUUCAAGAGAAAGGACUUUUUGUACAUGAAGUGCUGUAAAGACUCUUUCUAGCUUGUUUUCUCUGUUUAUUAUCCAAAGAAGUCUCUUUUUA